AACGAAUAGGUUUAAAACUUUCGUCUCUAUUUCAUCAUUCACAAACCCUAGAGACUUGCAGCUGCUGUCUCGGAAAUCAUCUUGCACAUCUGAUAGAAUUUGCAGCAGCGUUUAUCAUCCAUGGCUCCUGCAAAAGCUGAUGUUACAAAGAAAACUGACCAGAAGGCUCAGGCCUUGAAAGCUGCUAAGGCAGUGAAAUCAGGUUCAACUGCAUUUAAGAAGAAGGCAAAGAAGAUCCGAACGACAGUCACCUUUCAUCGACCUAGGACUUUGAAAAAGGAAAGGAACCCUAAAUACCCACGUGUUAGUGCACCUUCAAGGAACAAGCUUGAUCAGUAUCAGAUUCUAAAAUACCCAUUGACAACUGAAUCAGCCAUGAAGAAGAUUGAAGACAAUAACACACUUGUUUUCAUUGUUGACAUUCGUGCUGAUAAGAAGAAAAUCAAAGAUGCUGUUAAGAAGAUGUAUGACAUCCAAACCAAGAAGGUCAAUACCCUGAUCAGGCCUGAUGGUACUAAGAAGGCAUAUGUGAGGUUGACCCCAGAUUAUGAUGCACUAGAUGUGGCUAACAAGAUUGGGAUCAUCUAAAUAUUUUUCUAGUUUUUGUUUUGGUUUCUUUUGGAUAUUAUAUGAGUUUUGUUAGUGUUUUCACUAGACAUGUCUUAUUGGAGUGUAUUGCUUAUCACUACUUUAUGUUAUUCCUUUCUAUUUUGUUUUGAAAUACUGGUUAAGAUGUUUAUGGAGCUACUUAAAUCAUUUAUGUUCA